CUAGGAAGCUGCGCAUGCGUGCCCGAGCCUGACGAGCCGCAGGCCGGAGAGUCCCUCCACGCGCAUGCGCGCCCAGCAUUGGCCAUGCGCGUGCUAGUGGGAGGUGGGACCGGCUUUGUGGGCGGAGCCUUGACCCAGCUGUUGAGGAGUCGAGGGCACGAGGUGACCCAUGUCUCUCGCCAUCCAGGGCCUGACCGGAUCAGCUGGGAUGAACUGUCCCACUCUGGCCUGCCCCCUUGUGAUGCUGCGGUGAACUUGGCUGGUGAGAAUGUUCUCAACCCCCUUCGCAGGUGGGAUGAUGCCUUCCGCAGGGUUGUGGUUGCCAGCCGGGUGGAGACCACCAAGACCUUGGCCAAGGCCAUCGCUGAGGCCGAAAGGCUGCCCCGCUCCUGGGUCCUCGUCACCGGCGUAGGGUAUUACCGCCCAAGCCCCACGGCUGAGUACACCGAGGAGAGUCCCGGCGGUGACUUCGACUUCUUCUCACGCCUGGUGAGCGCCUGGGAGGCAGCAGCUAAAAUUCCCGGGGACAGCACGCGCCAGGCUGUGGUGAGAUCCGGUGUCGUGUGCCACGCCCUGGAGACAGAGGGUGUGCGUGGGGUUCUCAACGGGGUCUCCCCGGCCUCGUCUGGCACCUCCAACGCCGACUUCGCCCGGGAGCUGGGCUCGGCCCUGGGGCGCCCGGCCCUGCUGCCCCUGCCCAGCUGGGCAGUGCGGGGUGUCUUUGGGGCUGAGCGGGCCGUCAUGCUGCUGGAGGGCCAGCGAGUGGCGCCGAAACGCACCCUAGAGAGUGGCUACUGCUUCGUGUACCCCGACCUGCCCUCUGCCCUGCAGGACAUCGUAUCCUGAGCGGCUGAGGGGGGGCUGAUCCCAGUGCCCCAGGGAUGCCCCUGUUCUGGGGGGAUCAGCCCCUAGAGACCCCUUAUCUCUGGCUCCCACAGCCCAGCUCUGAGCCUCCUGGCUGUCUUAGCCUGAACUUUGUGGGGUCCCUCAUGAGCCCUCCCCAGUGUCCGCCCCCAAUACUCCCCAGCCUCUUGCUGGGACUCACCCUGUUCUUAGCCUCCCCAGCCCCCUUUUCUGAGUGGGAAUGCUCCCUUUUGAGCCCCUCCAGAAAUCCUCCCUCCCAGUCCUUCUCGGGGGGAGGGUGCCCUACUGUGACCCCUCCUGCCCCACCGCCAUCCGUGCUGCGCUGACAGUGCAUUCAGGCUGUUUCCAAGCUCCUGGCACUUUAUGGAGCUGGGGUUCUGCAGCAAAGGCUGCUGGGAAUUGUAGUUUUUGGUACCCAACCCUGUAUACAGCCUUGUCCAGUUUGCAAUAAACGGCUGGUGGGUCAA